CCGAACCUCUUGCCGCGGGACACUGUGGAUGUUUUUCAACUUUGACUCCUGCUUACGGUACGUCUUUCCCCCACUCCAAGGAGCACAUGGUUUCAUCGGCUUGUUAUAGAGUUUUGAAUUGAAGUGUUUGGAAAAGCACUUGGCGCGCGCUUCAUUCCCAAGCGACACGAUGCGCAUGGUUGUGCUCCCGUGCGCGCCAGGAUAAGCGAUGUGCACACGGGGAGAUCAUGGUACUCCUUUCAUAUCCUCUAUUUACGCUUCUCGAAGUUGCUGCCAUCCGAUCACCGUUCCGUGUUGUGUCCGACUUUCUUCAGAGCCUUCAAACUGUUAUUGUGACUUAUUUUGCCAACGUACACGUGCCUUUACAAUUCGAGGUUCCAGUCCCAUUCAAACUAGCAAUGCUAUUUUGCGGGAAAUCAGGCUUUUGUUUUGUGCGCUGAUCAUUUGCAUCAGUUGGUCGAUACAGGCGUGUUGCGCCACCGACAUUCGGGCAGAUUCGGAUUCAUCGCGACACUCUCAAUCCCAUUCCACUGGUGUAAAUCUGAGCGUUUGGAAUUAUCCUGAGGUUAUGUUCUCUUUGGCUGCAUACAGUGAGACCAACAGGUCACCUGAUCGUGCUAAACGUGGUUCCGCGUCUAGCAACUCAAAACCACUGCGUAAUAGGAUGCAAACACAUGUUCUUUCUGAAUCGAAUGGCUCCCUGGCGUCUUCCGAUAAAGUUGAACUGAAGUUUCUCACUGACGAACUGGUUGAUUUCGUCUGUCACCGGUUACCCGAUUCAUGUACCCGUGCAGCCUACUUACGUCGACAUGUGCGGCAUUCCCUGUGCAUCCAUCUCCCAAUUCUUUAUCUUCUACCUCAUGUUGCAAUUUUGAUCAAUCAGCCGAAUAUUUCCCGUGCAGCUCACCGAACCAAUUUGUGUAAUGGCGCACUAGGAAGCUUAAAGUUCACUGAGUCCGAUCAUCAUUUUGAUCUCUGGUUGAACUCUGCGCAAAUGUGCGAGCAAAGUCUCACGCAACUUCUGUCACUUAUCACGGAUCGUCUGGAGGAGGAAUUUAUUGAUUUUGACAAAUUAUUGGCCAAAUCAUUCUGCAAAUUAGAAUCCGAUGCGAACUACAACGCAACGGGGGAAUUCCGGUGUGAAGAGUGCCGAAACGCCUACAAGGACUGGCUUUGUGCUGAAGAGUUUCCGCUUUACUUCCCCCUGGACGUAUGGGAUCCGGUGGAAUCCGAACGGUCUCCGCACCUCCCCCCUUUUGAUAGCCUUCAUGUUUCGCCGGUUUCCCCUACUCCUACGCUCACCACCACUCCCUUGUCCUCAUCAUCGUCAUCAUCCUUAUCGGCCCCAUAUCGCCCCUCACACUCGCCUAGCUCGUCGCGUGGCGCUAGUCACGCAUCUUCUUCUGUGAUCCCCACUCGAAACAAUCGAUCCGUUCCACUGUCUCUGCCAAAGCUAUCCCGUUCGGCCCGGUCCGGUCAUACCACGUUCCAUUUGGUUUCCCUCCCUCCUUGCCAGUCUUGGUGCACUGAGGUGGAGACAUUGUGCCCACAUUUUAACCCACAAGAACAAUCUUCCAACGGUGGAGAACCUGCCUUUCUAUGCCAUGAAAGCCACUAUCACCACAGUUCGCAGUAUCGGGACGUGUACCAAAAGGAGGACUAUUGUCAACCCGAUUGUUGCUACUCGUUAUCGGAUGUGGAGCAUACGGUGUCGUUGUCAUCCGCUGUUGGCCCGGAUCAGCGAUCUGGCGCUACGGGUUCAGGGUUUCAAGUCCAUUGUCCCUCUUUAUCCGUGCGAUGUCGUCAUCUUUCUUACACCGGUUCAGCUAUCCCAUUGACAGUUACACUACCAGCUCAGCAACAGGUGUCAUUGCUCUCCUUGACUCCGUCGGAUACUUCCUACCCCAACGGAACAGCGACCUCCAAGGCAUAUUCUCUUCUUCUAUACCAUCCCGUAUAUUGCCUAAGUGUUCUUACCAUUCUCUUCUGUCUGCGCUCUCCUUGUCUACUCGAUAUCACUUCCCAGUUAACGACGCGACAGCGGCGACAUCGUUUCGUCGCCAGACGUAGCACAGCGCUUCCUUCCCAAUGUACCUCCUGUGACAUCGCAUUUUGCGUGCGAACUUCCACAGAUUCCGUAGUGCCGGUCACUUGCUGAGCAUCUGUGUAAUCUCUCUUUUCUGUCACAGGAGAAGCUUUCAAGCAUGCCCACCAACGCAUCGUUCUCCGAGGUCACAGGCAUUUGCUAUUAAGCGGUGCUCCUGUAGCACUGGCUUUUACUUCAAACAAGUCUGUUCCCUUCGCUCUUCUCUUUACGCACUCGACUCCAACAGAAUCGGAACAUUUAACAGUCUGUGAUAAUCCACAGAUUAUUCAUGCUUAAACUCUUGUUUCAAGAUAUUGCCUUCCUUUUCUAUUUUCUCUCCUCUGUUGCCCGUAACUACAGUUCAUUUCAUCUCUUCUUACGGUAGUCACCCACAGCCUGCCGCACAAGACAAGACCACAACCAUCACCACCACCGUUCUUCCAUGUCAGCAUUUGAUCCUAACUCGCUUUCUCCUACCCACUCUCGAUAGCUGCUUCCCCCUCUUCCAUCUCAUUUCAAUUUUCAGCAUUAUGCUUCCGCUGGGAUCAGUCUCCAGUUCAGUAGCAACGUUUUUCUUGAUUGUUUUUAGCCCUUCUUUCCUUUGUAUUACUGAUUCAGAUGUUUUACUUCACGGAAUAUUGUCUAGGCCAUCAACCCCUGAGAACCUUUUGAUCACAAUUUCAUUCUCCCCAUUCGUCUUACCUUGUGACCAGCGACAGUGUAUCAUAGAGUAGAACAGCUGACCUGUUUAUGUCAAUAUUGUACAUUAGCAGCACACAUUGGGACAAUCUUGGUUCCUCCUUCUUCCCUCCAUCAUUUUUCUCACUUUUAAUCAGUUUCCUUGUCUGUGCCUCAGCUUGGUGGGCCGGAGCAACCACUCCAGAUUCGAUCCAGACGAAGGGCAACCUUAACAUUAUUAUUAUUAUCAUACUUGCCUCGCCUCUUUCUUUAUUUUCUUUCCUGUGUCCUUCGAAAUCGUUCUGCUCUCGGCUCACUAUCUUUCGACCCAGUUGCGCACACUUCACCUUUGCCUCCUUAUCUGAUUAUCGCCCACUCUUCAAUUUCUCCCCAUUCCCAGAUGUGAUAGUAAAGUGCGUAUACAGUCUGGCGCACAUUUUUCAUAUGCAUAUAUUCAUAUACAUGUAUACUUCGUCGCUUGGUUAGCGUCGUGCAUAUUUUUGCCGAUCUCUCCGUUUUCAUCCGCUAGUCCCCUAAAUUCCCUCGCCCUACCCUUUGUUUCCACUAGCUUCAAUUGAUUGAAUGUAUUCGUAACGGUGUACAAAUUCAAUGAUUUGCCUGAUGUUU